AAACAUUCCUCUCAAAACCACACCAGUACUCCGUGGUACUAGUAUAAUGGCAUUUUGGACGAAUUAUAUUGACAGAGAAAGCAAGAAACAUAUAAUGGCGUUUUGGCUCCGGCUGAUAAUGCUGUCGGUGGCCAUUUCAUCGGUAAUAAGAGUGUGUUCGACCGCGCCGGUGAAUACAACGUCCAUAAGCGGAUGGGGGUUUACGGCGACUUAGCGGCGCGUUGACUCCGGCGGAAACAUAACGAGACUGGAACGCCUGCUACGCAUGAACCGUGAGCUGCGGCCAUCUGCUAAGAGGCGGCUCGCCGCGGGAAUUGAAGUGCGGUCAAGGGUUGUACCCAUCGACGGCGAGGUAUUGAUCGAGCUAAGCAUCGGAAGCCCGCCGGUGCCGUUGAAAUAUGUCUUGGACGUCGGCAGUGACAUGAUGUGGACGCAGUGUUCGCCCACGAGUGGGAGCAGUGCGAUUUACAGCCACGAUACAUCGUCUUCUUUCUCCCCAGUUCCCUGCUCCGACAAUAUCUGCCAGUCGAAGGAUGCGGCGUUUCUGUCGUGUAACGGCGGCGGUUCAUACUGCCGGUACAACCGCGGAUACGGGGACGGAUCGUCGAGCCAAGGCUUGAUGGCCAAAGAAAAGUUCACAUUCGGCAACGGCGCUUCGUUCAAAAACGUUUAUUUCGGGUGCGGUCAACUCUUCAAUAAAGAUGGGUCAACCAAGCCCCCGGCGGACCAGGCCUCCGGUAUAGUUGGUCUCGGCCGCGGGCCGCUGUCUCUUGUUUCCCAGCUUAAUUUGGAAACAUUUUGGUAUUGCACAACCGGCCGCGAGAGCGCCUCAGGAAGCGCGCUCGGAGUUGGCUCUCCGGCCGGCGUUACCGCGGCAGCCGCCAUUACAACUACCCCUUUGUUAGACACUUUGUCAGCAUGGUACCUUGUUUUACUCAAGGGGAUAACCGUCGGCAAGACUGCUCUCUUUGCGGGGCAGGAGUCGGAGUUCGAGUUAAACCUGGACGGAAGCCGGGGGAUGGUAAUCGACUCCGGCACCUCCUUCACGCGCCUGAUUCCCACGGUGUACACGGCGCUCAGGAGUGAGCUGAUUGCGCAGCUGCUGGUGGUUGGACUGCAGGUGGCGCCGGCUGCAGCGGGUCUGGAUUUGUGCUUCCUUCUGCCGGGCGGCGGCAAUACAAACGUCGCCUUUCCGCAGCUGACCUUUCAUUUCGACGGGGGGGAUUUGGUUAUCCCCACAGAGAACUAUAUGCAGGUCGUGACUGUGGAGAACUCCAAUCUGGCGUGUUUGGCCAUGUUAAGCACCGAAGGAACGGGCCUCUCGACGGCCAUAUUUGGGAAUAGUCAACAGAAGAAUAUGAAUGUGACUUUUGAUCUUGUAGCCAAUAAUCUCUCCUUCAAACCAACACAGUGCGAUCAGUCCUGAGAUUUCAUUAGUCCACUCCUUGCUGUUACCGCAGAACAUUCACACCUGAUAUUCACUUUUUCUUUGUGUUUCUUUGGCAAAUUUGCGGUUUGAGUAAGACUGUUUCCCUCAUUAUGUGUUUUAAAUAUUCAUAUCACUAAAAAAAAUCUUGUUUAAAAACGAA